CUUUUUUUUCCCCUUUCAGUUUCUGUCACUGAAUAAUCGCCACACUAGAAAGCAUUUAAAGCAGUUUCCUGAGAUGUCUUCAGAAAAUGCUGCGUCACUGGAUGAAGGCUGUGAGACAUCCUCCCCCUCAGCAGAGGCUGAACCUCUGAGGUUAGUUCUGUUGGGCCGSACCGGGACAGGAAGAAGCUCCUCGGGGAACACCCUCCUGGGAAGGCCAGCCUUCUGGGUGGAGCUGUCCCCCAGCUCCAUCACCACAAGGUGCAGGAGGCAGACUGGGUCAGCCGGCGGGCGCAGCGUGUCUGUGAUAGACACCCCGGGGUUCUUCCACACACACCUGUCCCCUCAGGAGGUCCUGGCGGAGGUGGGUCAGUGUGUGACCCUGUAUUCUCCGGGCCCCCAUGUCUUCUUGGUGACCCUGCCGCUCGGUAGGCUCACCCAGGAGGAGAGGGAGACCCUGGAGUGGAUCAGGGUGAGGUUUGGGCCUGAAGUGUCCAGGUUCACCAUGGUGCUGUUCACCUGGGGGGACCAGCUGCGAGGCAAGGGGGUCGAGGACUUCCUGCAAGAGAGUCCCGAGCUGUCGGAGUUCGUCAGCAGCUGCCAGGGAGGGUACCACAUCUUCGACAACAGCAGCCAGGAUGAGAUGGCAAACUGCUCCCAACAAGUCACCCAACUUCUGAACAAGGCUGACCGGCUGGUGGCCAUCAACGGAGGCCGUUGCUAUAGCAACGAGAUGUACAACGAGGCUGAGAAUGUCCUGACGGAGGCACARGAGAGGAUUCUGGACAUUAGGAGUCACCGAGUGGAGUCUCAUCCUAAGGAAACCAAAGAUAAGGACGGGCACGGGGUAGAGUCAGAGAGGAGGAGGAGGGAGGAAGAGGAGGCCCGGAGGAGAGAAGAGAGGCUGUUCUGGUGCGAGCUGGUGACGGCGAUAGGGAGGGGGGCGGCAGAGGGGGCGGGGAUAAUCAGCACGGACAAAGGAAAACCCSUGAAGAAGGUGAAGGUGGUCGAGAAGGCGGCGGCUCUGGCGGCGUCGCCUCUCUGCAUCAAGUCUGCCGCAAAAGUGGUGGAAGGAGCAGUGAGAGAGGGGAGCAAAGUGUUCUCCAAACACAAAAAAUCUCUGCUGCACUGAGGRGGAGAGGGGAGGAGAAAAAAGUUUUUAUUCUAACCAGAUGCUAAAAGAGCUGCAGAUCAAGAGCACUGUAAAAGUGUGAAACAACAAUGCAUGCAAGCUGCACAACAAAACUUAUGAUGUUUUAUUUAAAAAGUCAUAAAAUGUGUCCAAAUCUUCGUGACGUUUCUUUUUUUAUGGUGAAAAGAAAGACCACCCUYAUGCAACAUUGGGGUUCCUGCCUCCGUGUCUUUCUGAAAUGAGUUGGAURAUUCCACCACAUCUGUGUUUUCUGACUUUCUCUCAUUAUUAUCAUUAUGGAGGAAUUCUGUCCCAUUCUUUUAGACACUUGCUUCAGUUCAUUCAGGUUUGCAGAUGUUUUUUUCUGCUUCAGUCAGGAUGAGGUCUGGACUUGGACUGGAUCAUUGCAACACCUUAAUAUUUUUAUUUUUAAGCCUUUUUGCUGAGUUUAGGAUCACUGUACCUGUUAGCAUGAGUUUGGUCCAAGCUUCAGUCAGAAAAACUCACAUUUGACUCUAGAGUACUUAGGUAAAUAGAGGAGUUCAUGGCCGAGGCCUCGAGGCUGAAAAACAAGCCUAAAUAACUGACAGUUGYCUGUCAGUGCUGAUUGCCGCUUUGUUUUUGUUAAACAUGUUCCUCUGGAUUAUGGGUACACAUCUGUACUUUGGUCUCAUCUGUCCAAAGGACACUGUUCUUUGUCAUGUUCUACUUGGAUCAGGGAUGGGCAACUGGCAGCCCACUGGCCACAUCCAUCCCAUUAUAGCCCCCCCAACCCAACUCACACACACACA